AUCGAUACAUUUGUGAUGCGUGUGGUGGCUUGGCGAUACACUAUUAUUGUGAGAUUCUAGUUAUCGACCUCUAUCUAUUAAGGAAACCUUAAAAGCGAUGCAAAAUUAGUUUAAAGGAUGCCGUAAAAGAAAAACAAAAUGUCUCAGAAUAUUAAUUUGCUGCGAGUUCUCAUCAAUUGUGGCGAAAAAGCAGCAAACAUUGCACGCGUUUGCCGCUCCAACGAAGAGUUGCUGGCGCUGCUGGUCCAAGAGAAGACAGGAUCCGAGGCCAACCAAAGAUUUGAGCAUGAUUUCAAGACGCUGGCCGAUGUGCUCAUCCAGGAGACGGUCAAGCACGAGGUGGGCCAACUGUUUCCCGCUAUGCGCGACUCAAUACUUGGCGAAGAAUCGACGCAUUUCACCAACAAAUUGGGACACCAAAUUACGAUAGCCAUCGGCGUCACAGAAGCCGAAACGGCCGAGUGCCUGGAAUCGGUGCUCGAUGGUCAGAAGACGGCAGCUGAGGCGCUGGCUGCCGAGGUCCAUAUGCGGGUCAGCAUAGACACGAAACUCACCGGCAUUCCGGAGCUAUGCGAGCAGCUCGACUACAGCAAUUUAGGCAUCUGGAUUGAUCCCAUUGAUGCCACUGCCGAGUACAUCUCUGGCGCAAGCAUUCUCAGCGACAAACCGGACAUCGCCGCAGCGGGCCUAGACUGUGUCACCGUGCUGAUUGGCGUCUACGAGCGCGACUCCGGCGUGCCCGUAAUCGGUGUUGUGCUACAGCCCUUUGGCUAUAAGCUGGGCGAGCACGACUAUAGCUCUUCGCUGUAUUGGGGCGUCUGUCUGCCUACGUUACAGGCCCACAACUGUAGCUUUGAAGCCAGCGAUGGUCAGGACAAAAUUGGAAUUGUCUCUGGCUCGGAGAAAAGCGACAUUGUUCAGCGCCUUGUCGACUUGGAUUAUGAUCUGGUCGUGGCGGCCGGUGCUGGCUACAAAGCACUGAAAGUCAUCUCCAAUGAUGCGGAAGUCUAUUUACUCAGCAAAGGCUCCACAUUCAGGUGGGACACUUGCGCUCCCCAAGCGAUUCUGCGUGCUUUGGGCGGCGAUAUCUUCGAUUAUGCCGACAGCAUCAAACAGCAACUGCCUGUCGCACUAAAAUACAAGGACCCCGACACAGAUUCAAAGGAAUGCGGCACCGAAUGGAAGCGUAAUGCGAACGGUUUGAUUGCCGUGCGAGAUUUGUCAGUUAUUAAGGAGCUCCUCAGCAACUUUAAGGAGAACUGAAUGUUGUUAUUAUUUUGUAUUAUUGCUGCUGUAUCUGUGUCUGUGUAAAAAAAAGGAUCCAUGAUCUCAAAAUGUAUGUUGUAUAAACAUAAAUCAUUUACAAAUACGAUUAUUUCAUUGAUAUAAUCAAAUUGAAUGUAUUAAAA